AUGCCACCUUCCAAACCGGCUAUGGUCGAUGACCACUCUGCACCCGACUUGGAGAUCGUCGGCAAUCAAUUGACCAUCCACCCCUCAGGCUUUACAGGAGGCCCCGAAACACAAGAUGAAAUCACCGAGCGCAACCUCGUACGCCACAUGGCGCGAUUUCGCGAGAACCCCUUUGAUUUCCUCCGCGAAGUGAGCUUGUACAUGUCUGGCACCGGCUGGCGCGCAUACGACGAUGUGAUCGGCCAACCGAUCUUCUACUCUGGAUUUUCUGAAAGAAUGAAGAACUCGAUAUUGGACAGCCCGUUAUUGCAAGACAAGAUCUCGGAACUAGCCAAGGGAAGGCUGACGGUCGAAGAAAAAGAGGGGUUAUUGGCUAUCAAAGAAGGCGCCACAAUGGAUGAUAAGCGUGCGCGUCGCAGAACCGAGAUUGAAGGCAAUCUUCUAGAGGUUGUGGAUACGAUGAUGGACAAAAUGAUCUGCAAGAUGGAGAGCAAAAGGUUUAUCCGGGGAGCGUAUUAUAUGUGCACACAGAUGUUGACCCGCGCUUACCAUCAAGGCAUUCAUGUCUCUAGCGAGGAAGUUCUUCGUCUAAGAGCCGUAGCUGAGACAGCUGCCAAGAAGAAACAGUCAAUUGUCUUCUUGCCCUGCCACAAAUCGCAUGUGGACUAUGUUUCGCUGCAGCUCAUCUGCUAUCGGCUCGGAAUUGCUCUUCCAGUUGUUGUCGCUGGCGAUAACUUAAACAUCCCGCUGUUAGGUCCUUUCCUACAGCACGCGGGCGCUAUGUGGAUUCGGCGCAGCUUCGGAAACGACCCAUUGUAUAAUACCGUGGUGCAAGCAUACAUUGACACAUUACUACAGCAAGGAUUCAACUUCGAGUGCUUUAUUGAGGGCGGUCGCUCCAGGACCGGCAAACUUCUUUCCCCCAAGUUCGGAAUCUUGAGUUUCAUCAUGGAUAGUUUGUUAUCUGGUCGGGUUGAGGAUACCGUCAUCUGUCCCGUCAGCACACAAUAUGACAAGGUCAUCGAAACCGAAUCAUACAUCAGUGAGCUUCUCGGCCAACCAAAGGCCAAGGAAAACCUGGCCGAUCUUCUUUCCUCCUCAUCUGUCCUAUCUCUGAAGCUGGGCCGUGUCGAUGUUCGGUUCCAUGAGCCAUGGAGCCUUCGAGAGUUCAUUGGCCAACAACUUACGCGUCUGGAUCACCCCAACGCCGACCUCAAUACCAAGCUAAGCUACGCUGAUCGAGGUCGUAUUCUUCGCACCUUUGGUUAUCGAGUGUUAUCGGAGAUCAAUGAUGUCUCUGUGAUGAUGCCUACGGCUCUUGUGGGAACCGUUCUUUUGACCUUGCGUGGUCGCGGUGUAGGCAAGGGCGAACUAUGCCGCCGGCUCGACUGGCUUUGCGAGCGAGUCCGAGCUAAAGGUGGCAGGGUCGCCCAUUUCUACCGUUCGCCCACAGAGCUCGUGGUUGAUCGUGCGCUCGAGGUCCUGGGACCUAAACUCGUCGGGGAGAUUUCUGGGCUGGUCGAGUCAACUUAUUAUGCCGUGGAUCGUUUCCAGCUUUCGUUCUAUCGCAACAUGCUCAUUCACCUUUUCAUAACCGAGGCGCUUGUUUCUGUGGCAAUGUAUACCAAGAUCAAGCAAGGCGGAGGACCUGCCCACCAGAGAAUUACAUUCGAGGAGCUGAAGAGCCAGGUCUCCUUCCUGUCUCAGCUUUUCCGUGGUGAAUUUAUUUUCCCACCCGAAGGUCUCGCUAGCAAUUUCGAGAGAACUUUGGGGGAUCUGGAGAAGGACGAUGUCAUCAAGAUCACGCGAAAUUCUUCAUUCACACCGCUUUACAUCGAAUUGAGUGAAGCCGAACGACUCUGUGGCCGCGAAAACUAUGACUUCUAUUGCUUCCUGAUCUGGCCUUUCCUAGAAGCGAGCUGGUUGGGGGCUGUGUCUCUACUUGGACUGACGCCACCUUUGGACGGACCAAGUGAUGUUUGGAUUGAUUCCAAGAAAGCACAGGACAGUGCUCAAGUACUGGGUAAAACGUUAUAUCACCAAGGAGAUCUCUCCUACUUUGAAGCUGUCAACAAGGAAACCCUCAAGAACUCUUAUCAGAGAUUCGAAGAAGAGGGUAUCAUUCUGGUUGCGAAGAACAAGGAACUGAAAGCCGGUGCAUCCCUUCGACUCGCUCCUGAAUGGGCCCCGCAGCGUGACCCUGGCACCGGAAAGGUUUUGGAAGGUGGGCGGCUUUGGGACUUCACCGAACUGAUUGCACAAUCACGCCGUGAAGGCAAAAACCGUCGAGAUGGCGCAACUGUUUCCUCCCGCGUUCUCGCUAUGUCUGAUCACGUUGGACGCCAAUUGUUCAAAAAUGCUGCUGCUCCGGCCCCCGCUGAUGUUUCGUCCCGGCAAAUGCGUCGAAAUGCCAUUGGUACCGAGGCCAAAUUAUAA